CUCACUUUUCAGCACUUCUCCACAAGAAAGCUUCUCCAUCCAUUCAUCUAUUCUCUGAAGACCACCACUACUGUCCAGCAGAACGUCCUAGGAAGGCAAUCUUCAUCCAUCCUCAGAAGACCAUCUCCAGCAUCCAUCCUCAGAAGACCAUCUUUCCGCUCAUUCUCCAAAGAACAUCUCAGUUCAUUCCUUCAUCUUCAGAAGAGCGUCUGCAUCUCCCUCCAUCCCCUCUUCAGACCCCUCCUCACACCUUAAUCCAGUCAACAUGAUGACUCGCAUCGCACUUCUCCUUCUUAUUGCAGCAUCCCUCUACUGCACCGUCACUGCAGGAACUGGGUCUGGCAUUGCACGCGACUGUUGCUUGUCCAUCAAUCCAAAAGUUCUACCCCGAAAGCUGGCGGCCUCGUACAUGCUGUCCGACCCAGGAUGCAACCUCAAGGCCACUGUGUUUACGACCAAGAAGGGAGUACAUGUGUGCGCCCCUCCACCUGAGGAAAGUGAAUGGGUGAGCAAGCUGAUCGCUUGGCUGGAUAGACAAUAAAAAGGUUCACACACUGAGUGUGCUUCUUUUCGGGCGAUGAGGCGCAGAGAAGAAAAAGGAAGGACUCAGGUGCCACGGUGUUACCACGGAAACCCAGCACGUUCACACAGUCCAGGAGGACUCAAAUUUGCACACCAUUGUAAAUGUAAAAUGAAUUCGUUUAACUAUGAUGCCCUUGUGAUGAUGCAUUUUUCUUCAUACAUUGUCUUGUAUUUUUCAGUAUGUUUUAUUCAUGUCUUAUUGUACGUAUUUUAUUUGUAUAGUUAUAGUGCAGGUUUUUCAGGAAGAGAAAAGAAUAAAUCACGUGGGAAAUAUGGGAAUGUUUUCUCAGGGAUCAAAUUAUGUAUUUUGUAUGUCUUCAAUUGUAUGUUACAAGUGUGCCCUGCUGAUUUUUUUCAAAUUUUUGUAGCACUUUU